AUGCCGCCGGAGCGCAGUAUCGACGAAGAUGAGGAAUACGAAUCCUCCCAGGAUUCCGACUUCGCGCCGGACGAUGCGCCCGAAGCAGCGUCUGGUUCCUCAGACUCUGAAGAAGAAGCCGAUGCAGCUUCGGCAAAGCGUCGACGGCCGGCGAAGGACGUGAAGACCGACGGAGAAGAAAACUAUGACAACUCAGGCGACGAGGCGAUAAUUGAAAAGGAUGACGAAGGCGGCGAGGGUGGCUUAAUCAAGACAAGGAGACAACGUGCAGCAGAAAAAGAAGAGCGCCAGUAUGCUGCGAACAGGGGGCCUGUGACGGUCGAUAUCGAUGCUAUUUGGGCAGAGAUGUUGGCGGGUGGCACCCCAGCUGCUGAACAGCAGAACAACGAAGAAGGCAAGCUAGCCAACGGGGGUGAAACUGCGGCCGCAAACGGGAAUAUCGAUUCAAAAGAGGAUGAAUCUACCAUGAUUCGAAUUAAACGCACAUACAACUUUGCCGGUCGAGUCCACACCGAAGAGAAGCUCGUCGCCCGCGAUUCGGCCGAAGCCAAGCUCUACCUCGCCUCACAAGGCGAAGAUGCCUUACCCGAUUCACUACCGAUCAAAAGACUGACCAAGAAAGCGUUCCGAUCGGCUUUUGAGCCCAUAGCGGAGGGAAUGACCAACCGCUCGGAUCUGAACCUUGGGCUAGCCGCCAGGAUGAAGGCGGCCAACGAAGCACAAGCAAAGAAGCUCAACACAGUGGAGAAGAGUCGUAUGGACUGGGCCGGAUUCGUGGACAAGGAGGGCAUCAAGGACGAGCUGGCGCUGGCUGGCAAGUCCAAGGAUUCCUAUGCUUCGCGGCAAGACUUUUUGGCACGGAGCGAGGCCAUGCGGGAGGGCGAAGCAAGAAAGGCGAGGGUUGCGGGGCGAGUGUAG